CGGUAUCGCCACACUUCGCAUCAUUACCGCCGUAACGUGCAAGCCAUUCAAUCCCUGCUCGACUCACAUCACCUGUGACUAACGCUCAAGAAUUCAAACUCGAGAAAAGAGGAGAGCAUUAUGUAUGCCAAAUAUUGCGCAGCUUUUAUUCUUGUCGUCGUGAUAGUCGGUCUCGUGGACGCUACCGAAAAUUACAUGGAUUACGGAGAAGAAAUGGCGGAAAAAGCACCCGCAGAGAAUAUCCAUGAGCUGUAUAAGCUCUUGCUACAACGCAAUGCGCUCGACAACGUCGGCUUCGGCGGCAUCCCGCUGGAACACUUGAUGAUUCGAAAGUCGCAGCGAUCGCCAUCGCUACGUCUUCGAUUUGGUCGUUCUGGGCAACACAUCUCCGCGGGAGCUCUGCCGAGACCCCUAGGCGCGGUGGCUGCGGCGGGAUACGACGACAACAAUUAAUCGGCGGAGCUGAUCCAGGGACAUCUUUCCGAUUUGUUUCUUGAUGAAAACGCGCGACCACCCUUUCUUGUACAAUAUAAAUUAUGUAUAAUUCA